AUGUAUCGUAUAGGAGAUUAUAUAAGACCGAGGAUCGGCCAACGAGCACGUACGAUACACAUACGUAGAAGCGCGGGCGUGUACACUAUCGUGGCUGAUUUUUUUCCUUCGAAACGAAGAGCCAGUGAUCCAUACAUGGUAACGGUGAGAAGACUGGCUUACGCGUUGCAACGCGUAACCCACCCUACCUGCUCUCCUGUCUCCACCCGCAAUAUUUCGAUGGGUGUGUACACCUACUACGCCGGUGAGUCACGUAUCGACUUUUCUCCCGGGCAACUUCGUACAAGCGGGGUGGGUUUAAGCCAGACCUACCCAGCUAAGGGUGGAGAAGAUUGCGUUUUGGCGAAUCGAAAUUUCAACGAUGUCACAUCCGCAGAAGCUGGGGCGCCAUCGGCGCAGAAUCAUCAAGCAGUUGGCAACGCUGCCGACGCUGGCUGGUGA